ACAUAAUAACACAAUAUGCUGUAUGGCUCAUACAAAUGUUUGUAAAUAGUAAUCCAACUCUCAACCAAUUACCAUGAUAUUAACGCUUCAGGAAGAGGCGCGUUCACGUCAGUAGGUGUUCUUUUUUGCAACAGGAAGUUUCGAGAAGCACACGAAGUCGUCGCGAGCGGAUGCAAGCAGUAUCUGGCACCGACAAGAAAAGCCAACAUGGACGAGAAUUCCUCUAAACAAAUACCAGAAAAUGUCGAAGACCCCCCAAACAGCAGGCUGUUCGUGGUCACGAGUCGCUCAAUCACUGAAGAGGAUCUCCGGGAAAGUUUCUCGCCCUUUGGGGAAAUUCAGGGCAUUUGGGUCCUGAAAGACAAGCAGACAAAGGAGUCUAAAGGCGUCUCCUAUGUGAAGUUCGCCAAGUCCUCGCAGGCCUGCCUGGCCAUGGAGGAAAUGCACGGCAAAGUUGUGGUAGACGAGACCAAGCCCAUCAAGGUCUUUAUUGCCCAGUCACGGUCCUCAACAAGACACAGAGACGUUGAGGAUGAGGAGCUUACCAGGAUAUUUGUCAUGAUCCCCAAAACCUUCACCGAGGAAGAUCUGCAAAACACAUUCAAGGAAUAUGGAGAUAUUGAGUAUUGCGUGAUUAUCAAGAAUAAGUUCACUGGAGAAAGUAAAGGUUUGGGCUACGUAAGGUACUACAAACCUUCCCAAGCUGCUCUUGCUAUAGAGAACUGUGACAAAACUUACAGGGCCAUCCUUGCCGAACCUCGUAGCAAAGUAUCAACAGCAGAUGAAUAUUCUGGAGGAGGAGGAGGAGGGGGCGGCGGUGGCAACAGAGGAGGAGACUACAUGAGUGGUGCUGACUCCAUGAACCAGUACUCUUACCCUAUGGCGGACCCCAGUGGCAACUACUCCCUCAUGGAUUACCGCUCCAGUGACAUCACCCGAUGCCUGAUGAUGUCAACACGAGCGGCCUUAACUCAGGAGCAGAUCUUUGCUUUGUUCGACCUCAUUCCUGGCAUGGAGUAUUGUGAGCUCCAGAGAGAUGCUUAUGGCAUGAGCAAAGGUCAUGCUUUGAUUCGCUACAGUAAUUUGGGAUCAGCAGUUUAUGCAAAAGAAAAGCUGAAUGGCUUUGAAUAUCCACCUGGCAACAGACUUGCUGUAAAUUUUGUUGAUGAUGGAGAGGAUCGCAGCAGUCCUGUAGGCAGGAUGGCCAUGCAGUUUGUUGCAUCCCAGAUGAUGUCUUCAGUUUGGAACGGACCCUCCACCAGUCAAGGAAUGAAACAACCAAUGGCUUUCUCUGGUGUCUCCCCUAUGUCCCGCGUACAGACAGAUGUUAGCCUGCCCCCACUGAAGAAACUUGCUCCACCAGAAAGCAAAACAAAGGAGCGCUUGUUUGUAGUGUUCAGUCCAUCUCCGCUUCCACAAGAUAUACUGGAGGACGUAUUCUGCCGGUUUGGUUCUCUUAUCGAGGUCCAUUUGGUUCCAGGGAGGAAGGUUGGAUACAUGAAAUACGCAGAAAAACAGUGUGCAGAUGAUGCCAUGGCAGCACUUCACGGUCGGAUUGUCAACGGAGUGAAGAUGAAAGUGUUGCUGGCUGAUCCUCCACGAGAGGAGUCUCAUAAACGCCCACGUACCUACUAAGACCAUGUGACACCAAAAGACCAGUAAGUAUGAAUAACUCAGCAUUUGGUACCUGAAGUAUUUUGGUAACAUUGUGUAAAUUUAGAGCUUGUGUGAAGCAUUGUGUAGAGAUAGAGAUUUUUCUUGAUUUUAGAUUAGAAACUGUUAAAGUUAUAAGGCAGCAUUUUGUAUUAAGGUCCUUUUUAAUCAGCCUUAGUUAAUCAAUAAGGCCUCUUUAAGUCCUCUAUAAUGUAUUUAUUAAUUGUAUUAAGUGCACAGGUUAUAUUCUUCUACUGGCAUAUCACUGUUUCUGUUAUUAGCAUUCAGUCAGAGCAUUUUACUGACAGAAUAGUUUACAGUUUCAUUUACAUCAUGACAAGUAAUGCAGAUUCACAAUAUGUCAUUUUAAGGUCCAAGUAGCAUUAAAUAUUUAUACUUUAUUCAUAAAUAUGACAUGAUGACAAUGAUAGGUAACCAAAUGAAACCCACAGCAAGUGCUUCUCCUUACCUUAAGGCUUCAGAAUGUCUUUAAUAAAAUAAUGGGAAAUUUAGUGCAAAUUAAAACAAUAGAUUAUCAGUAGUAAGCAUUAGUGAAAUUCUUAAUCCUAAAGUGGGCUUUUCCUUACCCUGAUGCCAAAUUUUACUGCAAGUAAACACUUAACAGCUUAUAAUUACACAAAAACGCUGGGGAAAUAUCAUUCAUCAAAUUUUACUCCUUUGAGUUUUGUCUGUAAAAAAAAUUCACAGAACAAGAGAACGCAACCAGUCUGAUUUUGAUCAUAUUCAAGACAAAUAUACAAUUUCUAGAUAGUUAAAAUAUUUCACAACAAUUGUUUCAUUUUUGAGGCAAAUAUGAAAAUAACCAACAAUUGGAGAAUACAAAGUUUUCCAUUUAAUAUUUUUGCAAUAAUAGUCCAUUUCUGUUCAUGUAAAAUCAAGUUCAUGUAGUGUGGGAAUCCUGAAAAGCACUUGGUAAACAAAUUAUGCAAGUUAAUUAAACUCAUUAAAGGUGUUUUUAAUACUGUAACAGUUAAUGUGUAUACAAAGCCACAAUGGUAACACCCAUCCUGCUGUUUUAACACAUAUUGUUAGUAGGCAUCUCAUAGGGGCCUUAAUAUAAAGUGCUACAAAUCGUUAGCCUCAUAGCAUAAUUGCCCAAGUCAGAUUUUUUUCAAUACAUAGCCAAUGAUGGUGUCAAAUUGUUCAUGGCUGACUGACCAAAGUAAAGGACUGUAAUCCACCAACACCAGUAGGACAGUUGAUUCCAAUAUUCAGAAAAAGCAGUGGUACUAUAUGGGCUAAAUGACUGAUGUGGCUUUUAUUUAUUUUCUAUAUAUAAUAUGAGGACAAAUGAACUGUUGUUUUAAGCUGAAAAAGUCCUAAUCAAACCCAGUCUCCAUAUAAUUAUGGUGGGCAUACACUUGGUGUAUCUUGUUCAUGUUACAUAUUGUACUGUUGCAUCUUCUUUUGGAAUCAUGCAUGAAUGAGAUCAGUAGGUUAUCAUAUGCCAAAGCAGCUAACUCUGCAGCUUUUUGUUCCCUAGGCGACUGAUCUUGACACAGUGACACCUGACCUGACCCGACCGACCAACCAACAUCGAGACCCUCUCCCAACCUCUGACACGACCUUUGACCUUACUUUUGGUCACUGACCUGUGACCCACUGAUCUAACGCGUGCUUCUACACCUGGUCCUGGUCUAAACAGUUUGUACUGUAAUGUGCAGUGUUUGUGCUCACAGUGUCGGUCAUUCUGAACAUUAAUAUUCUCACACUUUGUUCUCUCUGGUAACCAAUGGUAGUACAUGAAACCACCUUAUUUUUUAAGUUUAGCUAACACGUUUGCAUAGAGUUGCUAAGUUCAGUUUGUAGCUUUAGUGUCUGAAUAGAAAACUCUUGGAGCUAGAUCAAUUUUUGUAGUUCAGAUGUGUUCUGUCUUUUUACAGUAUGCCUUGAGAGCUCAUGUUGGACUGUGAACAUUUGUCUAAAUAAACAGAUUCAGCACAACU